AUGUGGGAGGCGAAGCUGGUGCCCAACGUCAUCAGCUACAGCGCUGGGAUCAGCGCGUGCGAGAAGGGCGGGCAGUGGCAGCGGGCGCUUGCGCUGCUGACCGAGAUGUCGGAGGCGAAGCUGGUGCCCUGCGUCAUCGGCUACAGCGCUGGGAUCAGCGCGUGCGAGAAGGGCGGGCAGUGGCAGCCUGCGCUGGCGCUGCUGAGCGAGAUGAGGGAGGCGAAGCUGGAGCCCGACAUCAUCGGCUACAACGCUGGGGUCAGCGCGUGCGAGAAGGGCGGGCAGUGGCAGCGGGCGCUGGCGCUGCUGAGCGAGAUGCGGGAGGCGAAGCUGGAGCCCGACAUCAUCAGCUACAGCGCUGGGAUCAGCGCGUGCGAAAACGGUGGGCAGUGGCAACAUGCGGUGAGCAUGCUCAGAACCAUGCGUUUGAGAAAGUUGGACGUCGACUUCAUGCUCUACGGAGCUGCAGCCAGCAUGUGCGAGCAAGGCGGGCAAGGGAGCCACGCGCGGUCUUUAUUCGAAGAGGUGCGUGACUUUGUUACAGGGGAGUGA